AUGAGCAGUGGCAUCAAACCGAAUCAAUCUGGUAAGCUGUCGCACGCUCCUGGCAGUCAGAGUCUGCUGCUGGAAAAGGCUCGCGUCAGAACUUCUACCCCAGAUUCCGAGGCGCUUGCAAGCUCAGAGGACGAAGGCGAUCAUCGCCAGGACUUCGUUGUUACCCAGCCCCAUAAGCCAGCCCGCAGAUCAUCUUGGUUAAACGAUACCUCGCAGCCUUUGCCUCGGCCCCGGCAAGGCUCUUUCGCCAGCAACACCGUCUCGUCUCCCAACGCGUCGCACCCUUCUACGCCCUCAGCGGACAACACUGCUGGACCCUGGGGUUCUCAUUCAGCUUCUUCCGCAAUGUCUCGUCCUCCCGGUGCAUCUUCGUUCCCCUGGGGAACAGGUAUUUGGAACAACGAUCGCAAGGAUCCUCCAUCCAGACUGACCGAAGUUUUGCCCUCGCCUACAUCGACCGUGCCUCCUGGUACUGCUGGCAACUCGUUCUUUAGUCCAGAUCAGGGACUCGCGCAAACCUCUCCCUCACGAGACCAAGGACAAAACAGCCAGAUUCCGUUCGCUAUACCGCUUCACCCAACCCCCAAAACGUACCGAUCGCAGUCAUACUCGGUGGGCCAGAUGGAGCUAGAAGCGCCCACUUCCUCGGGCAUGAGCUCUUCUGCGAUUCUUGGUCGCGCGAGGCAUCAUCCUGCUCUGCAGCAUCGUCCUUCUCGCCCUAGUAUGCUGAGUGAAAUGUCCAACGAUGGAUCCCUCCUAGGCAAGGUCAAGGAAGUCGAGGACGACGAAGACGAGAGUGCUAGCGAAUCUCUGCAAAACUCGUUCCACCAGAGCGCUGAGUCCAAGACUAUUGAGAUGCUCACCAGAGAAAAUGCUUUGUUGCGCCAACAGCAAUUUACACGCAUUCGACCCCGCGCUUCCACGGGUGCGUCUUAUUUGACCAAUGGACAUCCCCUCCACGAAGUCGUACUCGAAGAGUCCGAUUACGCCAUUGACGAGCUCGACGAGAAUCAAGACCCAAAGGACCCUAUGGGCCGCCGUGCGUCGCACCGUCGCAUGAGUGAGUAUGGUCCUCCAACCUAUCGAACUCCUCAUGGCAUGGAAGGUCGCAAGUUGGAAAAUGCUCAACUCAAAAAAGCCCUUUGGUCAAGCUCGCCGAGUUACUCAUUGGGCGAUCCUUCACAGAGCAGGCGCCACUCUUUUGCCAACAUGCCAACUCGCCAAGGAUCCAUUAGCUCUAUUGCAGACUCUGUUGCAACUCUCGAGGCCGCUCAGGCCGAUCAGCAGUCGGUGCAUUAUGGUGGUAGCUUCCAGGAUCCUGCUACCUUGAUGGGUUUGAGCAACCCAAUGAAUUCGCACGUCAAUAGCAUGAGCAGUGCGAUGCAGGCCAACUUCACCAACCCAUUCGCAGGCCAAUUUGCUCCACAAAACCAGUUUCAAAACCGCCCGCCGUCACCCCGCCACAUGUAUGGUAUAGGUCAGCCUCGCCUUAACCAGCUGCUGCAUGUUGUUCUUUUCAAGUGCGCCAGAGCCGAUGUUUUCUAUAUUCAGGAAGGAACUGGUCUUACAGUCAAGCCUGGAGACCUCGUAAUUGUCGAGGCAGAUCGAGGCACUGAUCUGGGCACUGUCGCAAAAGACAAUGUAGACUGGCAAACUGCGAAGGAUCUCAAGGAGCACUACGCAGAGGAACAAUACAAGUGGCUUAUGAUGUAUUCUCAAGGCGCUGCCGCUGCUCAAGAGGGCAAUGGUGGAAUGUUGUCUGCUGCUCAUGGCUUGCCCGGUAGCGCUGUGGGAGGCAUGGGCCCAGCCGGCCAGCAUCACAUGCAAGAACCACCUAACGGUGAGAUCCGCCCAAAGCUCAUCAAGCGCCUUGCCCAGAAUCACGAGGUGCACGCGCUCCGAGACAAGGAAGGCCAGGAGGCCAAAGCGAAGAGAGUCUGUAUGCAGAAAGUCAAGGAGCACGGGCUCAACAUGGAGAUUCUUGAUGCCGAGUUCCAGAUGGACUGGAAAAAGCUAACCUUUUACUACUUUGCCGAUGCUUACAUCAAUUUCAACUCUCUUGUGACGGACUUGUUCAAGAUUUACAAGACAAGAAUCUGGAUGUCGGCCAUCAAUCCAGCAUCGUUUGCCAGCCCUACUUUGGGCAUCCAGGCACCGAGCGGAGUAGGACCCGGCGCGGUCAACCAGGGCAGGGCUUCCGCCACCGGUGAUCGCAGAGGAAAUACGCAUCAGCAUGAGCAGCAACAGCAGCCACCUCCCCAACCAGUGCAAGCCAUCUCACCAGGCCCUCAGGGUCGCGGCAUGCGUCCCGGCUCAGGUGCAGGCGGUUUCAACCAGCCAUCUAUGGGGCUGGACCGGCAUGUGUCUCCUGUGCCCGCCACUGGUUACCCCAAUUCGAAUUACGCAUUUGCUCCUGCGGGUGCUUUUGGCAAUGCGAGACCGCCGCACGCCCUUUAUAACACUGGCUCUUCUCCUGGCAUGGAAGGAGUUUCUGGUGGAUUCCAGCAUCCGGGAGAUUUUCAAGCACCACAUCGGCGCUUUCACCCUGGACAAGGUGAAGGGGGGCCUCAACACCACUUGCAGCGCGGCUCGCCCAUGUCCACCCAGGGAGACUGGUCUGCCGCAUUUCAGGGGCUUUCCCUCAACACUCAUUAA